CGCCCCGGCCCCGCCCGCUCUCGGUCCCGCUCCGCAGCGCUGCCCGCGGGAUCGACGGACAGCUGCGCAGCACCGCAUCGGGAGCAGCGCCAGACGGGAGGCCCGGGCUGGCUGGCAGCCCCCACCCCGCCAGCCUCCUGGGGACGCCGCCCCCGGAGGGCUUCUCGGAGGCGGUGGCCUUAGCCUCGGGCCUGGCGGGGGCAAGAGGGGAGGCCGACAGCACUGGUCUCGCGCGCAAGGAGCCAAGGGGGCCGGCAGGCGAUGGCAGCCAUCCUCCUGUGGGCAAGGCCCAAGGUGCCGGUAUCCUUUGAGGACGUGUCUGUGUACUUCACAAAGGCAGAAUGGAAGUUUCUGGACCUCAAACAAAAAGCCCUGUACAAACAGGUGAUGUUGGAGAACUACAGGAACUUGGCAUCGCUGGGACUCGCCUCCUCCAAGCCUCACCUGGUGUCCCAGCUGGAGCGAGGGGAAGGACCCUGGGUGGCUGACUUCCGCUCAAAGGCUAAGGCGGGUGGCAGGAUACAGAGCCCAGGGGCCGCGAGGAGGGCCCGGCGGCAGGCUAAUGUUGUAGCUGCGCAGAGAGGUCCCCAGGGCCGCGGUCCUGCUCCAAGGCCACAGCGGCCCAAGGGCGCUGAGAAGCGGUACCUGUGCCAGCAGUGCGGGAAGUCCUUCAGCCGCAGCUCCAACCUCAUCAAGCACCGCAUCAUCCACAGCGGCGAGAAGCCCUACGCGUGCCGGGAGUGCGGGAAGCUGUUCCGGCGCAGCUUUGCGCUGCUGGAGCAUCAGCGCAUCCACAGCGGCGAGAAGCCCUACGAGUGCGAGGAGUGCGGCAAGACCUUCACGCGCAGCUCCAACCUCAUCAAGCACCAGAUCAUCCACAGCGGCGAGAAGCCCUUCUCCUGUGCCGAGUGCGGGAAGCUGUUCCGGCGCAGCUUCGCGCUGCUCGAGCACGAGCGCACUCACAGCGGCGAGAAGCCCUACGAGUGCGUCCACUGCGGCAAGGCCUUCGGCCGCAGCUCCAACCUCAUCGAGCAUGAGCGCACGCACAGCGGCCAAAAGCCCUACCUGUGCGACAGGUGCCCCAAGGCCUUCACGGGCAUCUCACAGCUCAUCCACCACCAGCGCGUCCACACUGGCGACAAGCCCUUUGUGUGCGAAGAGUGCGGCAAGGCGUUCCGCGGGCGCUCGGGCCUCAGCCAGCACCUGCGAGUACACAGCGGCGAGAAGCCCUACGAGUGCAGCGAGUGCGGCAAGGCCUUCGGCCGCCGGGCCAACCUCUUCAAGCACCAGGCGGUGCACGGCGACGUCCAGCCCUCCCCGCGCCACAGCCACGAAAAGGGGCCCGGCCGAGGCUGCGUGCUCCUGCUGGAGCGCCGGUGGGAGCCCAGUGGGGCGCGGUCCCCGGAGGGCGGCGAGGGCAGCUCGGCAGAGGCCUGGGGAAGCCCCGGGGGCCCGACAGAGCAUGCGUGCGAGCACUGCGAGCACAGCCCCGAGAGCAAGGCGCCGCUGGAUAGCCACCGGAGCAGCCACAGCGGGAAGUCGUCCCUCGGCCGCCAUGCCCAGGCUCAGCCCAUUGGAGGGGGCGACGGCGGCCCCCAUGCCAGUGUCCCAGGCCCCGCAAAGCCGCAGGAUCCAGCCUCGCCCUGAGGCCGAGACACAGGGCAGCGCGUCCAAGGGGGAGAAGGAGCCCUUCCUGAAGGCUGUGCGCCCCAGCGUCCCCCUGAGGGCAGUACAGGUUGGAGACUGAGCACCCCUUCCGCUCCUUCCCAAGUCCUUCAAGACGUAACUGUGGCGCAGCGACAGCUCCUCGACCCGCACUGUCAUCUGGCCACCACGGGGCGCCCGAGUGUGCGCAGGCUGUGCGCGGGGCGGCCGCGGGCGUGUCCGUGCCUGCUGUGGGAAGGGACGCUACUUUGAGUUGACAGAGGGAUGGCCCAUGCCCUCUCUCGCGGGGUGGGGUCCUCUGCCUCCCCCUAAGAGCUGUUGGUGUUUCCGGGUAGAAGAUACUAAAAGCACUUUAAUCCUGCGAAGGCGCGGGGCCCUGCUGUCCGGUGCAGGAAGCAUCCAGGAGGGUGCGGGGCCGUUUGAAACUCGCGCCCUUCCGGGGCGCCCCCUGCGGAUUGUCGGAGCUGCGCCCAGGCCCACGGACAGAGCAGCCGCCCCCUUUCCCCCGGUCCCUCACGGCAGUGGGAUCUGGGCCAGACAUGGCAACAUGGGCGCUCUUGCCAUCCUCUGGCUCAGUGUCCUUCCUGCACCUGGAGCCCCCUGCCCCCCUCUCACUCGCUAGUGCGGAAAGCUUUAAAAUUUCCUGCUCCUAUCCUCCGCGCAGCUCCCCCUUGUGGCUGUGACGAGUAGGAGACAAGCAAGCCAUGUUAGAAUUUGCAUUUAGGUGGCCCUGAAUCGAAUGUGAGUGACACGGUAGCUGCUUUCCGUGUGACAUUUCUUAGAACCCUUGAGGUGCCAUUGCUUUGAAUGUCUUUAUAUGCACUUGAAAAUGGAGAUUUUUUGCCAUUUGAGAUUGUCAGGGAAUGACUCCUUAAAUAGGAAUCUGGAUCCCAACCAAUGAAGAGACUCAGGCAGUAGAAGGCGGCCAUCCUAGGCCCACAUCUGAGAAACUGUUCCUUCUUGUCCCUGCCACGAUGCAAUCCCUCCUUCCCUUUAGCCCUUCAAAUGGCACUUUACUGAAUGCCCGGGGUGUCCUCCUGGGACGAGCUCACGGCUAGCUGCAGGCACUGUCCCCAAAGGCCCGGGAGCUCUGUCCCCAGGUACUUUUAACCCAGUGUCCUGGCCACCUCUUUCCAGCCCUCUCCACAACCAGGAGAGAGCAGGGCUUUAUCUCCCGUGCCACCCGGAGGGCAAGCAGGUGAUCAGGGUCACCGAGACCACUCUUGGGGACACCUGUCGGGAGAACGUGGGGAGACUGGAAAUCCAGGCUUCCUUCUGAGAAUGCUGCUUGGAGUUCCAGUCCCCAGGACAGCUCCAGACAUUUCAUACACACCUGCAUGCGUGUGCACGCGCACACACAUACGUAGACACGCAUGUACAUGUCAGAUAUAAAAGCCUGUUGAACCUCCCAGCAUUUUUGUAACUUGCUCUUGACUCAGCCACCUCUAGUGAUCCCUGUGCCUAUGUCCUGUGAUUGCCUCUGUGCCUGUCACCCUGCCCUGUAUUCUGCAGCUGUGUGUCGUGUGUCGCCCCUGUGUGCUCCGUGCCGAGCCUGGUGCCGGCGCUGACAAGUACACGCGAAGGGAGCGCUGCACGGUGAACAUUCUGGAUGCCGCCUCUGCUGGAGGCAGCUCCGGCGGUACCUGGAGGCAGUGUGAAGUAUCUGCAAGUUGGGCUUUUCGUGUUGAAAAAGAAACAUUAGGAUGGUGUCUUUGGGGUCCCUGGUGAGAUCAUUGGGAAGUUUGGGUUUUUCUGAGGCCCGUACGAUCACUGCUAGGGCUGCCACAGAUGCAGGAGGCGUGCCCCAUGCAGGGCAGGUGCGAGCAGCAGGAGGCUGUUAUGGCCUCCGUGCCAGCUACUCUGAGGUCCCUCCUGUUGCAGGGAAGUGAAUGACUCAGCUCCUCUGAGCCAGGCAGUCUGCAGCUUUCCGGAGCGUGUAACAUUCCCUUGGUGCCAGGGUAGAUGCUAACUGUAGCUUUAACCCAGGCACCUUUAUUUGCCUGGUCCUGUACCCACGUGUCCUCACCACAGGAAGGACCGUGUGCAGGCACAUUCGGCAUAAGGCAGUUGCCAGGGGAGUGUGGGCCCUGCACUCUGACGUCAUCAGAGUGCCCUGAAAAGCUCCAGUGUCCACAGUGUUUGCCUGGAAAAUGACACCAGGAGUAGCAACAGCAAAUCUUUUUUGUUUGUCAGUUCUCAGUGUAAUUCAGCGCCCGUCAUUUCGCUGUUGGUCAAAAGGGCAUCAGGAGCUGCAUUUUCCAUGCAGUGAGGACAGCGCGGAUUUUGCAUGGACCGAGGUGGAGCGCCUGGGAAGGACAAUUGCCUGUUUGCCUUUUCUUUUCAGGGACAAAACUUAGACUUAAACCAGCGGUGGGGUUUGCGGAGAAAUGCUUGGGCCGGGCUGGGGGCGGGGGAAGGGAGAAUGUGAGCUGUGCUGGGGAAGCAGUUCUGGGUUAAAAGAUCAAUAAGAAGCAGAGUGUGGAGGGCUUGGAGUCCCACACACAGACUCUGGAUUCUAGUUGAUUCCAGAUGAGGAACGGUUUUUCGAAACAUGAAACAGUCGGCCUAUGAUUGGGGAAGGAGGCUGUUGUAGAUGAUUGCAUUUGAAUUGUUGAGCACCAGUAUACACAGAGAGCUGAUGUCUGUGAGCAUCAGCCUGUGGCCCAUGGCGACACGGCGUGAGAGGGAGCUCGGGGCUCCCACCUGCUUUCCAGCGCACCUGCGACUGCACAAAGCAGGGGCCUCCAGGGUUCCUGGACCGCUGCGUGCAUCCUCACUGGGACACCUUCAAGUGUAAGGCCUUGGACAUUCGCAAUGGUCUCAGAGCCCCCUUGGUGUUCAGGAAAGCUCGCCUUGGUCCUUCUUUCCCACCUGACCAGAAAUGAAGGCCGCUGCAGAUGUGGAGCUCCUGAUGGAUUUUACCUUUCUCUGACAGAUUUAUGGAGAUGCGAUAGAAAUUCGACAGCUGGCAUGUGUGUAAACUGUACUUGGCAAGUUCGGAUGAGCGUGUACACCUGUCAAACCACCCCCACUGUCACGACAGUAAAUAUAUCCACCUUCUCCCACAGUGGCCUUGUGUCCCCAGCCCCACAACCACUGCUCUGUUUUCUGUCACUAGGGGUAAACGUGCAUCUCCGGAGCUCUGUGUAAACGGGCUCGCCCAGUACGUGCGUGGCUGCUUUCACUCAGUAGAGUUCUUCUGAGGCUCACCCCGGAGUUCGUGUGUAGCAGCACCGCUCUCUUUCCUCGCAGUAGUAGCCACAGUACCACUGCAGACCUGUUGGUGGGCAUCUGUGUUGUUUCCAUGUGGGGCUAUGACAAAUAAAGCUGCUGUGAACAUUUGU